AAAUUCAUUUUGACUGAUGGCUGCUGACUUAUCUACUGACUGUAGCUCUCCUACUUUUUGCAGGGAAAAUAUCUUUCCAGUGAAGCAAAAGUGAAGGUGAUUCAGUGAUGGUAAAAAGGAGAAUGAGCAGCACAGCUUGUCUCUGCACUUGACCUGAGCUGUCUUGCCAUGUAAGCAGAAAAAGAGAAUCUGUGGGAAAAUUAACACCAAAGUGAGCAGUAAUGCAGAAUUUGGGGUUACUGGAGUGUGAAAUGAAACUGUUACAGUUCUUUCUUCUUUAGUAAGGGAUGUAUGCUGUCAACUAGCAAAAUGCUGUAGAAGUGUAAUGCUUUCUAAGUCAUAUUUUGAAAAGUUGGAAAAGCUGUGGAGGCAGGAAAUGUUCAGAACUAAGUGUCACGCUAUUGUGAAGCGAAAGAUACUUGAUGAUGAACUUUUGGGCAUAGCUUGUCGUGUUACCUCCUGCAGAUGAUCAGAACCAUACGGAUUUCACAACAGGUGUCGUUUGUCUCUAAAAAAUGGCACCUUACUGAAGAGCAUAAGUCACGCUGGAAGAAGGUGACUUAUGCUCUGAGCUUUAAGUGAGCAACCCCAUCUUAUGAGGAGAAGGAUCUGUCAGCCUUCUUAGUUCUACAAUGGGGACUUCAGGUGACGACAUGGCUUCGGUGGAGCAGAAUGCCUCCUUGAACCCUCUGUGCUUCGAGUGUGGCCAGCAGCACUGGACAAGGGAGAACCACCUCUACAACUACCAAAAUGAAGUGGACGAUGACUUGGUCUGCCACAUUUGCCUUCAGCCCUUGUUGCAGCCAUUGGACACUCCCUGUGGACACACUUUCUGUUACAAGUGCCUAAGGAACUUUCUGCAGGAGAAAGAUUUCUGCCCGCUGGAUCGAAAAAGACUGCAUUUUAAACUCUGCAAAAAAUCCAGCAUUCUUGUUCAUAAACUGUUAGACAAGCUGUUUGUUUUGUGCCCCUUCUCUUCCGUGUGUCAGGAAGUCAUGCAGCGAUGUGACCUGGCAGCCCAUCUCAAAAACAGGUGUCCUGGGGCUUCUCAUCGAAGGGUUGCUCUAGAGAGAAGGAGAACAAGCAAGCUGCAAGCAGAAGCAGAGGGUGAGAGUGGUCCUGGUGGAACGGAGCAGCCUAACAGUUUAUCUCCAGAUGCAGAUCAGGGAAUAGUGCCAGCCGAGCAGAACUUCACCUCGCCCACCCUUCCCGCAUGGACAGAUGAGCCCAGCAUCGACAAUCCGACUUUUGAGGAGAACACUGUAGCAGACACAAAUCAACAGCCACCUACCUUGCCUGAAGGAGAGAUCACUACUAUUGAAAUUCAUCGGUCCAAUCCUUAUAUCGAAUUAGGAAUUAGCAUAGUGGGUGGCAAUGAAACGCCUUUGAUCAACAUUGUCAUUCAGGAGGUUUAUCGAGAUGGGAUCAUUGCCAGAGAUGGAAGACUUCUUGCUGGAGACCAAAUACUUCAAGUCAACAGCUUUGACAUAAGCAAUGUGUCCCACAACCACGCUCGAGCUGUGCUCUCCCAGCCAUGCUCAGUGCUGCACCUCACUGUGCUGCGAGAGAGGCGGUAUGGGAGCCGCACACACAACCAUGCGGACACCACCAGCUCCCUGCGGGAAGACAGCUUUCAAGUGACGCUGCACAAGCGCGACUCCAGUGAGCAGCUUGGCAUUAAACUUGUGCGCAGAACAGAUGAGCCAGGGGUCUUUAUUCUUGACCUUUUGGAAGGGGGGUUGGCUGCCCAAGAUGGCAGGCUCUGCAGCAACGACCGUGUACUUGCAAUUAAUGGACAUGACUUGAAGCACGGGACACCUGAGCUUGCUGCUCAGGUUAUACAGGCUAGUGGGGAGAGAGUGAACUUGAUCAUCUCUAGACCCCUGAAGUCACAGACAGUCAGUAUUAUCCGAGACACCACAACUCACAACAGCAACCCACACCAACACCAGUCCCAGCAGCAGUUUCACAGCCGACCUAACUCACAUAAGGAUCUUUCCCAGUGCGUUACAUGCCAAGAAAAGCACAUUACUGUGAAAAAAGAGCCGCAUGAAUCCCUGGGAAUGACAGUGGCAGGAGGCAGAGGCAGCAAAAGUGGUGAACUGCCCAUCUUCGUGACAAGCGUACAGCCUCACGGGUGCUUGGCAAGAGACGGCAGGAUUAAACGAGGUGAUGUGCUGUUGGACAUCAAUGGCAUUGAUUUGACUAACCUAAGUCACAGCGAGGCAGUGGCCAUGCUGAAAGCUAGUGCUGCUUCUUCAGUAGUCGCCCUGAAAGCCCUGGAAGUCCAGAUUGUAGAAGAACAGCCCCAGGCUAAUGAAGAGCAAUUGAGUACCAUCAGUGAAAAUGAAUAUGAUGCCAGCUGGUCGCCAUCGUGGGUCAUGUGGCUGGGACUGCCAAGCUGCCUCCAUAGCUGCCAUGACGUGGUACUGCGGCGGAGCAAUUUAGGGAGCUGGGGUUUCAGCAUCGUUGGUGGCUAUGAGGAGAACCACACAAACCAGCCUUUCUUCAUUAAAACCAUUGUUCUUGGAACUCCUGCAUACUUUGAUGGAAGAUUAAAGUGUGGCGAUAUGAUUGUUGCUGUAAAUGGACUAUCCACAGUUGGAAUGAGCCAUUCUGCACUUGUUCCCAUGCUGAAGGAGCAGAGGAACAAAGUAACUUUAACAGUGAUUUGUUGGCCUGGAAGCCUCAUAUAGAGUUGCAAAUCACUUCGGUUCAAGCAGCAUCUUUUUCUAGAUAGCUGGCACAAAAAUCUCUUCUAUCUUCUUUUUCCCUAUUGAUACAGCUGGUUAUAAGCAGGGCCAAAACUGCUGUAUUUUCUUUUUUCUUACAGGCCUCUCAGACUUGCUCUGUAUAUCUUUCCAUCCUGAAAUAGCCAUUUCUGUUUGCUAUAUAUCUAUUGCUGACGCAAAUGCAAAUAUACAUGAGCCCACAGAGAAACUCCCACUCUGAUAUGGUUGCCAUUGAGCUUUCCCCAUCAGGCUUGUAAAAUUAGCAGAAGAACUUAGUGGUUCUUUGGGUUUCUCUGUGCAGUCCUCAAGUUAUAUGUGGUAUAUAAACAUAAUAGCCAUGUGCCCAUUCUUCCCUGCAAAAAGAACAUGUGUCAGUACCAGAACGACGCGUCUAUCUGCUGCUCUGAAUCAAAAUCUGUUUCCAGAGGUACGUCUCUUCAUUGCGUAAGCUUUUCCAAUUUUGAUUCAGUAUUUCAGACUGAUUCAUGCAAUCCAUCUUACUCACCAGAAAUCACUUGGUCCCCCAGAUUUUUCAUGCAGGGCAUCAGUGUUCAUAGAAAAGUAGGACAAAAGCCUGAUAUUACUGGAAUUUUUAUAAAGUGCAAUAACUGGACUCUUUGCUAGGAAACUUUAAUAUAUUACAGAGUUUGUAUCCUAUAGUGGCAAGAAAUAUGGAAGUAAUUACUGUUGCAACGCUGGCAAGAAUACACAUGCCCGAGGUCGCCUUUGAGUGAGUGGCUUGCAGUAUUAGACUUUACUUUACAAAUGAAUGUUUUGCUAUGUCAGAGAAUUUUGAUGAACAUUUUUACAAAGAUCAUUUUUACCGUUUCUAUUGUAGUUGUCAACUCCCUUUGUUCAUGUGUGGAAAAAAUACUUUGACUUGUACUUUCUAAAUGAGAGAAUUAUUUCCAGGGAAAAAGCAAGCUGUUAAGAAACCAUACACUAUGGUUUACAAGUGGGCAGGCUAAAAGGAAGGCUCUUUGAAUUCAAGUCCAAGUGCAAAGCAAGCUGCAAAGUUCGCGCUUACUCUGUCACCUCCCGGCAAAUGUGCAAAUGCCUAGAUACCAAAUGCUGAAACCAUCUCUCUUGCAUUUCAGAAUAUUAUUUUAAUUUCCUUUAGAGAGCACCUGCUAUUAAGUUGUCAGUAGAGUAAUACUGUUUCUCUUGGAUUGUAGUUAGUAUUUUUACAAGCCAACCUGUAACUUCUAGACUUUGCCUUUCCAUGAUAUUUGUAGGCUAAGCACCCAUUUGUUUAAGAAAAGAGGGGUGGAGCACAGAAGGAAAUGUGCUGACCUGGAGCUAACCCUGUGUGUUGUCAGUGUUCUGCAAAUUUGAAAAAGAGCUUCAUUUAUAAAGCAGGUUCCCAACCUGAACUGAUUUUAUGAAUGACUAUGUAUUGUAGUAUUCAUUACCAGAGAAUGUAUUUGAGAAUCACAGCAUAUUUCAGUUGCGAAGCAUGAACUUUAUGUUCCAACUUAGCUGGUAUAAUGUCAGGGCAUAUUAUCGCAUGUCAUUAAUCCCAGUAGCUUUGUUUUCAAAAGAAAUAAAGUUACUCUUUUGCAAAAAAAAAAAAGUACAAAUCUCAUACGAAUGAAGUGGUUUUAUUUCUCUCUGUAAUGUAUCAGUUUCAUUUCAUAACAUUAAAACACUAAAGAAUGUCCUCUGCAGUAUAUCACUAUACUGAGAAUCUUUGUUCCUGAAGCAAAUACCAAACUUCUUUGAUACUCUAACUGAUUUGAGAAUCAGUUUCCUCCCGUCCCCAGAUGCUGUUUAACUGUAUGCUUUGCUCUUAAUGAGGAUUUUUUUGGUAAAGUACAUCUUAGUGUAGAGUGUAGGGAAGAUUUUGAUGUGUGUACUAGAUUUAAUGUUUGUUUGGGGUUUUUAAUUAUUAUUUUUAAAAUGACACUUUUCAGUCAAAACCCUGCAAAAAUCAGAUUUUUAGAUUUUUUUUUUCUCUUUUACGUGUGUAUGUAAGAAAAGCAUGGGUUAGCUUAAACUGUGUGGUUUUGUUUCUGUGAGCUGUAGCUUUUGAUCAGAAUGUCUAGUGAGAAAACCUUUCUGAAUUAAUUCCCUUCCUGAAUCAUUUUCUCCUCUUUUUCUUGUAGCUUCAUAGUUGGGUUUGGUUUUCUGUGCCUUCUGUUUUAAAUUAUUUCAAGGUUAUUUUUCUUUCCAGAUAUUGCAUUCUAAUUGUAUGGUAUUAAUGGAGGAUGAGUGAAAAUAAACUUUCAUUCUACUCA